GAGAGAGAAAGAGGAAGUUGCACCGCAGUCUUGAUACGUCGUCAAUCUAUAUUAUAUUUGUUAUCUUAUUUUCAUCUUAUUUUCACUUAAUAAUUAAGUGGAAUGCAAAAAAAACAUUUUGUUUAAUAAAGUUGUGUGAUUAUGUUCUAACGACAAAAUCACAUAGAAUAAAAGAUGCACUGUCUUCGUCGUUUGAGAAAUGUCUCUGUAUAUAAUAUAAUUCAAAAACAACUCAUAAGCUUUAUUGAACAGAAUAAAUGUAAAGUUUCAAAUGGGAACAUAUUCAGGUCAUUGUAUGUUACCUCAUGUACUUAUAAACAGGACUCUAUACCUAAACCUUUACGUAGCACAAAACAAAAAUCAAAACAUAACAAUGAACAAUAUUUUGUGGAUAUAAAACAGGUGAGAACAAUUGGAGGAAAAGGUGGAGAUGGGGAAAUAACAUUUUUACGGUUGUGGGUCAAUGAUCGAGCCGGUCCUGAUGGGGGUGAUGGUGGAAAUGGCGGUCAUAUAAUAUUUGAGGCAUCAAUGGAUGUGAAAGACCUUAGCCAUGUACAUUCUUUUGUUCAAGCUGAUGAUGGAGAAAGAGGUUACUCUAAGAGUUGUUUCGGUAAGAAUGCAGAACACAAAAUGGUAAAAGUACCAAUUGGUACGAUCGUGCGCGACAUAACUGGCAAAAUAUUAUGUGACUUGAAUCAAAGCGGAAUGAUGUUUAUCGCCGCAAGAGGCGGUGCGGGUGGACAUGGAAAUACCUUUUUUAAGUCAGAUAUACAUCAGUCACCCGAAAUAUGUGAAUAUGGUGCAGUCGGAGAGGACAUACAAUACAUAUUAGAAAUUAAAAGUAUGGCCCACAUUGGAUUAAUUGGUUUACCAAAUGCUGGAAAAAGUACACUUUUACAAGCAAUAUCGAGAGCUAAACCGAAAAUAGCUCCAUAUCCUUUUACUACCUUGAAACCUCACAUUGGUAUGGUACAGUAUGAUGAUUAUGAACAAAUUGCAGUGGCAGAUAUGCCAGGUCUUAUAGAAGAUUCGCAUAAGAAUAAGGGCCUUGGCAUAACUUUCCUCAAGCAUGCAGAACGUUGCACUGCUUUAAUGUACAUUAUAGAUGUUACAUUGGAUGAACCAUGGAGAGCUUUGGAACUUUUAAGAUACGAAAUUAGUCAGUUUAACGAAAAACUAAACGACAGACCACUUCUUGUUGUAGCAAACAAGAUGGACUUGCCAAAUGCUGAGGUUAAUUUACAAUUACUCAAAGAACAUAUAAAUAUGCCAAUAGUACCUAUCUCUGCCAAAAUGGGCACCAACAUUUCUAUGUUAUUAAGAGAAAUUAGAAUAUUAUAUGAUAAUUUUAAGACUAAUAAUUCAGAAGAAAAUAAUGAACUUAAACAAUAAAAAGAAUUCUAGUA